CAUUUUGAUUCGAACAAAAUAUCUUUGCAAUUCAUUGACACAACGAGAAAUAAUUUCUACUUUCUGAAUCCGUAUGGAAGUUCAAUUGAAGAGACCACUCACGCAUGUAAAAAUUAUAAAAACUGGAUGAAUUUACGAAAAGAAUGCGAAAACUGGACACCAACGGUUACUGAACAUCCCAUUCAGAGGGAUGGAUCCAGUUGUGGAAUUUACGUGAUAAAGUUCGCUUGGAUGAUGCUGGAAACUAAAAGCAUCCAUGUUGUUUCACCAAUCGAUGAAAGGGCGAAAAUUGCCAGUUGGGUGAUUCAGAAUUCCGACUGCGUGGAGACGUACUGCAGUUUUUGUGGGGAGACGGGAGAAGGAGAAUGGAUUGGCUGUGAUGUGUGUCCACGCUGGUUUCAUGCUGGAUGCUACAACGGAGAUAUUGCGGAGAUAUUGGACGUACUUUGGAAAUGUCCAGCAUACGAGGCCGGUUGGCAUUAAAACGCAUUUGAUGUAAAAAUAAGUUUCAAAGGGUUGCCACUUGACACUAACAAGUAGAUCAAAUGGCCAUUUCCCGUUAACCUGUCCAUUGAGUACAGAGCCAUGAAUAUACAGUAGAAGCGCUACCCACGAAAUUAAUUCGUUCCGAAGACCCGUCGUAUUACAUAAGGCGUUUUACCUGUAAAUGCCCUAAUCCGUUUUAAGUCCACGUAAAACUCGGACAUCAUUUUCGUAUAAAUUAUAUUAAUGCUUAAAAUCCAACAACUACAUGUUAGAAUUAGAUUACAGCAUAAUAAAUAAACAAAGAACAUACGGAAAGAAGGAAGAACACAGUAAUAACGAAUAAAAACUAAGAACGGUAUGCUUAUGUACCUUUGUUUACCAUCGUCAUAAUCAAAUGAUUGAUUCCCAAAUUACCGUCCGCCACUGAUGGAGAAUUAAGACCAGAAAACUUGUUUUAUUUUUUAAGUCGGUUUUUACUUGAUUUGAGUCGGCGCUAAUCUUUCAUGUCUGGUGUUAUUAUUUUAAUUUUGCUUAUUGAUAUCGCCAACUUAAAGUGAACGAUAUUGUCAUCAACGACGUCGGGAUAAUGAUAAAAUCCGCGUUAGAUAUUAAAUAACAUUUAAAGGUCAUUUUAUAAACUCUUAAUUGCAAGAAAUGAAAAAAAUUCCCGUUAUGUUCGGUCACUAUCGAAAUUGAGGGUGAAAACAAUUAAUUGCGACACAAUUUGCUUUCAGAUUUAUUGGAAUAGACGAUAAUAAUUGUGAAUAUUGUGUAAUAAUUGUAAUUGCGCUUUUUGAAUUUCUUUCAUGCUGGCCAUAAUUUAGUGCCACGACGCGCACGGCUGAUUUCAAUUGCGAUAAAAAAUAGAAUGGCUGUGAAUAUUUUUUUUAAAUCGAAAGUUUGACGGCGCUAGGAAAUGUGCGUCAUAUUCGGUAUUCUCAAAAACACCAAAAAACGAUAUUCGAAGGUCGCAAUAUUCAAAUAUUAGGUUUGUAUUGAACAUCCCUGCAUUAAAUUAAUCUAAAAUGAACAAAUAUCACUAUGCAAGUUUUCGGAAAAGAAUUGUUGGAUUUUUCGUAUCCAGAGCCUUUCGUACGUAGAGUUUCUACUGUAUACAAGUUUUUCGUGAUAUUUUUUGCUUCCAUUUUUUUGUGAUUGGCGAAUAAAAAACGAUUUGUUGAUUGAUUCAUGUGAAAACUUCAUUUGGGAAUUGAAAGUUUCUUCAUACGUUUACAGUGAUCGUAGCGGCUGCUAUCGAUCGUAUCGUCGUUUCUUCCAACGUCUUAGUACGGUGUGCCAUACUUCCUUUAGCUCUUUAAUACAGUUUCACAGUCUUUCAAAUUCUGAGAUAUUUUUUAACAAC